CUGCCUGCGAGCCGCCGCUCACUUACAGCCUUCCUUCUUUCUCCCUCCGCCGCCCGAGCACCAGUCGCGCUCCUAGCUGCCCCCGGGGUCCCUCCCCUGCCGCCAGAGGAACAGCCACCGCGCCGCUAGCAGCACCUUAGGAAGGCAGAAAGUAGGGAAGAAGGAAGGAAGGGGGCCUAAGCGUCCGCCCGGAGGAAGCCGGUGAAUGGGCUUGUGGUGACCCCCGCCCCCCACCCCACCCUCCCUUCCCACCCGACCCCCAACCCCCAUCCCCAGUUGGAGCCGCCGCCCGAGAGAGACCGGGCCGCCGUCUAGGGAGGAGUCGCGUCGCCACCUUCGCCAUGGAGCUGAUCACCAUUCUCGAGAAGACCGUGUCUCCGGAUCGGCUGGAGCUGGAAGCGGCGCAGAAGUUCCUGGAGCGCGCGGCUGUGGAGAACCUGCCCACUUUUCUUGUGGAACUGUCCAGAGUGCUGGCAAAUCCAGGAAACAGUCAGGUUGCCAGAGUUGCAGCUGGUCUACAGAUCAAGAACUCUUUGACAUCGAAAGAUCCAGAUAUCAAGGCACAGUAUCAGCAGAGGUGGCUCGCUAUCGAUGCUAAUGCUCGACGGGAAGUCAAGAACUAUGUUUUACAGACUUUGGGCACAGAAACUUACCGGCCUAGUUCUGCCUCGCAGUGUGUGGCUGGUAUUGCUUGUGCAGAGAUCCCAGUAAACCAGUGGCCAGAACUCAUUCCUCAGCUGGUGGCCAAUGUCACAAAUCCCAACAGCACAGAGCACAUGAAAGAAUCCACAUUGGAAGCUAUUGGUUACAUUUGCCAAGAUAUAGAACCAGAGCAGCUACAGGAUAAAUCCAAUGAGAUUCUGACUGCCAUAAUCCAGGGGAUGAGGAAAGAAGAGCCGAGCAAUAAUGUGAAGCUAGCUGCUACUAAUGCACUCCUGAACUCACUGGAGUUCACCAAAGCCAACUUCGACAAAGAGUCUGAAAGGCACUUUAUUAUGCAGGUGGUCUGUGAAGCCACCCAGUGUCCAGAUACAAGGGUACGAGUGGCUGCUUUACAGAAUCUGGUCAAGAUAAUGUCUUUGUAUUAUCAGUACAUGGAGACGUAUAUGGGUCCUGCUCUUUUUGCAAUCACAAUUGAAGCAAUGAAAAGCGACAUAGAUGAGGUGGCCCUGCAGGGGAUAGAGUUCUGGUCCAAUGUCUGCGAUGAGGAAAUGGAUUUAGCCAUCGAGGCUUCUGAGGCAGCAGAUCAAGGGCGGCCCCCUGAGCACACCAGCAAGUUUUACGCCAAGGGAGCACUACAGUACCUAGUUCCCAUCCUCACACAGACGCUAACUAAACAGGAUGAGAAUGACGAUGAUGAUGACUGGAACCCCUGCAAGGCGGCGGGCGUCUGCCUCAUGCUGCUGUCCACCUGCUGCGAGGACGAUGUGGUGCCACACGUGCUGCCCUUCAUCAAGGAGCACAUCAAGAACCCAGACUGGAGGUACCGGGAAGCCGCAGUGAUGGCCUUCGGCAGCAUCUUGGAAGGCCCCGAGCCCACUCAGCUCAAGCCACUGGUUAUACAGGCUAUGCCCACCCUAAUAGAAUUAAUGAAAGACCCCAGUGUGGUGGUCCGAGACACAACUGCAUGGACGGUGGGCAGAAUUUGUGAGUUGCUCCCUGAAGCUGCCAUUAACGACGUCUACUUGGCACCCCUGCUGCAGUGUCUGAUUGAGGGGCUCAGUGCUGAGCCCCGAGUGGCUUCCAACGUGUGCUGGGCUUUCUCCAGUUUGGCUGAAGCUGCCUAUGAAGCUGCUGAUGUAGCUGACGAUCAAGAAGAACCAGCCACCUACUGCUUGUCGUCCUCAUUUGAACUCAUAGUUCAGAAGCUCCUGGAGACCACAGACAGACCUGACGGGCACCAGAACAAUCUGAGGAGUUCUGCAUAUGAAUCGCUCAUGGAAAUCGUGAAGAACAGUGCCAAGGAUUGCUAUCCUGCCGUCCAGAAAACAACUUUGGUCAUCAUGGAGCGGCUACAGCAGGUGCUUCAGAUGGAGUCACACAUCCAGAGCACAUCUGACAGGAUCCAGUUUAAUGACCUUCAGUCUUUACUGUGCGCAACACUUCAGAACGUUCUGCGGAAGGUGCAGCACCAGGAUGCUCUACAGAUCUCUGAUGUGGUCAUGGCCUCCCUCCUGAGGAUGUUCCAGAGCACCGCUGGCUCCGGGGGUGUGCAGGAGGAUGCCCUGAUGGCCGUCAGCACACUGGUUGAAGUGUUGGGUGGUGAGUUCCUUAAGUACAUGGAUGCCUUUAAACCCUUCCUGGGCAUUGGACUGAAGAAUUAUGCUGAGUACCAGGUGUGCCUGGCUGCUGUGGGCCUGGUGGGGGACCUGUGCCGCGCUCUGCAGUCCAACAUCUUACCUUUCUGUGACGAGGUGAUGCAGCUGCUGCUGGAGAACCUGGGGAAUGAGAAUGUGCACAGGUCUGUGAAACCGCAGAUUCUGUCGGUGUUUGGUGACAUUGCCCUUGCAAUCGGUGGAGAGUUUAAAAAAUACCUAGAGGUGGUGUUGAAUACUCUGCAGCAGGCUUCCCAGGCCCAGGUGGACAAGUCGGACUAUGACAUGGUGGAUUAUCUCAAUGAGCUCAGAGAAGGCUGCUUGGAGGCCUACACCGGCAUCGUGCAGGGAUUGAAGGGAGACCAGGAGAACGUCCACCCGGAUGUGAUGCUGGUACAGCCAAGAGUAGAAUUUAUUCUGUCUUUCAUCGACCACAUUGCUGGAGAUGAGGAUCACACAGAUGGAGUAGUAGCCUGCGCUGCUGGCCUCAUAGGGGACUUAUGUACAGCGUUCGGGAAGGACGUGCUGAAGUUAGUAGAAGCCAGACCCAUGAUCCACGAACUGUUAACUGAAGGGCGGAGAUCGAAGACUAACAAAGCAAAAACCCUUGCGACGUGGGCAACUAAAGAGCUGAGGAAACUGAAGAACCAAGCUUGAUCUGUUACCAUUGGGAAGAUAACCUGAGACCCCCACUGGAAAUCUCCAAUCUUUUGAAAAACCCGGAAGUGAGGAGUGUGCACGGAUGCUGAGUGUUUGGGAGUGAGAGGAUGAGUGAGUGAGGCUUGAAAACACAGCACAUUGGGAAUCCCGCCGCAGCAGCCGCCAACAGCGCUGUUAGCAGCUAAGUGAGCACUGACUUCUAGGAAACCCUGACGUCGCCGUCUUGGAGGAAAGGAGCGGUGGAGUUGCUGGCUUGUUAAAGCGGUCUCUUCCCAAGGGAGGCUAGGACUAGCUUUUCUGUCUUGUGGCCAGUGCCGAGUGGAGUGGCUGGUUUGGGAGAAGAUGAGGGACUGGGCUUGGCUGUGGUGCUGUGUUGUAAAGGCAGCCUGGCCUGUGCUCCUGAGGAGAAAGCGGGCCUGGGUCGAAAGCCCGCCUUUGCUGUCCCUUUGCCACGCGGUCCUGUUGCGUGCCUGGCGGGAGGCGGAGGGCCAGGGCUUCGCGGUCUGAGAAUGAGUGUGUGUGAGUGCAGCGGUAUCCACAUUCUCAACUUCAAGUCAUUGCAGUUUCUUUUCCCCAGAAAACAAGGGUUAGAUGUUGCAUUUCAUAAACUAACCGAAGUUCUGUCUACUGAUGCAGCACAAGAGAUGUUUUAAAAGAAAAAGGAAAGACGCUCUUUAGGUUCGGUUUUGUUUGGUUGUUUUUUUUUUUUUUUUUUUUUUUAAAUCUAGGGAAAACACUGACCACCGGUCAGAGCCCCCAGCUGUUCUCCCUCAAGGCGCCUUUCCUGAUAAUAUGGCUCAACUGUGAAUGUAGGAGGGGAGGGGGAAGAAAGAACUCCGGAGUUAGAGGAUAGAGAAAAAUAAAAAUGCAGACUUCAGAGACAAAAAAGCCACAACCCAAACCAAAUUUUAGAUGCUCAAAAUUGGCAGCACAAAAUCAAAGCUCUCUCCUUACUUGCAUCGUGGCAGUCUGAAUGCCCCCAAAACAAUUGUGCCAAAGACUUUAGGAAAACAGAUAUACGAUAAAAGUAACUAGACACACAGAACAGCCAACUUCAGGUAACUAUUUUGGAUUGCAAAUGAGGAUAAAUUUAAUGUUCAAACAAUCUGAUAAAAUAUCCAUUUGGAAACUG